CUCUCUGUGUGUUGAGUAUCACCAUAAAAUGCUUUUUUUGUUAUUUAUCAUGUCAUUGUUUGACUGCUCGUAUCCAGGUUUCCAAACACUGACGUCAUCAUCGUCGCCAUCAUCCUUGUCCAUCCCAGUACCAGUCUAUCUCAGAGGAAAGGGGUCUACGUCACCAGAAUUGAGUUCCAAACACAAGAAAUGUCGACGUAGCAGAACAGUGUUCACAGAAAUGCAAUUGCUUGGUUUAGAGAAAAGAUUUGACAAACAGAAAUACCUCUCAACGCCAGACAGAAUGGAUCUAGCCGAGACGCUUGGACUGACUCAGUUACAGGUGAAGACAUGGUUCCAAAAUAGAAGAAUGAAAUGGAAAAAACAGGUCCUUCAAGGGGGAAGUACCGAAGCACCAACGAAGCCAAAGGGAAGGCCGAAGAAAAUACAAACAGUUCCACAAAACACUGACUGAUGAUCCGUCUAGUGAAAGAGCGUUUUUUUAUGAUAUGAACACGGACCAAUCUUUUUUACUAUCAUAGUUGGAAAUAAGAGGAGACUAGUCGAAUCGUUGGUGUAUUGGGAGCGCCAAAUAAUUCAUUUUGAAAGCCCG